ACUCCAUCAUCAGUUUAUCAUAAUGAAAAUUCUCGUGUUAUCUCUCUUACUUUGCUUGGCGGCCUCCGUGAGAUCCGACUGCCCCAACGGGGUCAGUCAAACUACCACCAGUGGCAUCUUCCACACCAGAGGCACCCAAUUCUGCUCCGGCGAACUCAUUUUCGAGGACAACUUCGAAAACUUCGACUUGGCCACGUGGCAACACGAAAACACCCUCUCGGGGGGCGGCAAUUGGGAGUUCCAGUAUUACAACAACAACAGAACGAACAGUUACGUGGAAAACGGAUAUUUGCACAUCAGGCCGACUUAUUUGUCAGACGAUGUUGGUGAAGAUUUUCUCUAUUCAGGUACUUUGGAUGUUAAUGGCGGCUUACCCGUUGAUACUUGCAGUAACGCGGCUUUUUACGGCUGUAGUCGUACAGGUACCGCGACUAACGUACUGAAUCCGAUUAAAAGUGCCAGAAUUAGGACCUCGGAGUCUUUUUCGUUUAAAUAUGGGUCAGUGGUGGUGCGUGCGAAGAUGCCCUCGGGAGACUGGCUGUGGCCAGCCAUUUGGUUGCUACCACGUUACAAUGCUUAUGGAGUGUGGCCUCAAUCAGGUGAAAUCGAUUUGGUUGAAAGCAGAGGGAAUAAAAACUUAGUUAACUCGGCCGGAGUGAACGUGGGGAGUCAGCAGGUUUCUUCUACGCUGCACUGGGGGCCAAACUACUUCUUUGACGAGUGGAGCAAAAGCCAUUAUGAGAAAAACAACGCGGCCGGAUACGAUGCCGAUUUCCACGUGUACAAAUUGGUGUGGAGUCCUGACAGUAUUAUUUUUUAUAUUGAUAAUGAGGAGAUUGGCACGGUGGCUCCUCCGAGCGGCGGUUUCUGGGAGUUGGGGUUGAGUGACUCGGGAGAAACGAACCCGUGGAAGGCCGGAAGUAAGAUGGCGCCUUUUGAUCAAGAAUUUUAUUUGAUCAUUAAUUUAGCAGUGGGUGGAACAAACUUUUUCUCCGACGAGUACGUGAAUAAUGGGGGAAAGCCGUGGAGUAAUACGUCGCCUGCUGCCGCCACCGAUUUUUGGAAAGGUCGGUCACAGUGGGAGUCUACGUGGAAUUUAGGGACGGACGAUUCACAUUUGAUUGUUGAUUAUGUACAAGUUUAUGCCAUAUAAAUAUAUUAAAAUGUGUUUAAAAAAAAUCUUUUUUUUUUAA